GGACGCGUAGAACAGGUGAAGUGGCGGCGGACUCUUCUUGCUCGCUGCCGGCUCCUCUCUCUCUCUCCCGCGAUGCUCGUCCCCCUUUGUGCCCCCUUUCUCUCCCUGCGGCGGCCGCCACCAGAUGUUCGCGUCGAAGACUCGCAUCCUCUGCUCCGUCAGAAGAAAGCUCAUAUAUUCUCGCUUCUCCUAUUCGGCCGCCGCCUCCGUCUCCUCGUCCCUUCCCAUCUCCGACUCCGACACGCCGCCUCCCUACGAGGACAUCCCCGCUGCCCACGGGUCCCUCUGCCUCUCCCUCCUCCUCCGCCUCGUCCGCCGCGGCUUGCUCUCCGCCGCGUGUUCCGUCCUCGACCGCAUCGUGACGAGGUUGCCCCUCUCCGACGCCACCGCGGCGGUCGACCUCGUGGCGUUCCUCGGCCUCUCCCCUGACCAUGGACGCCUCAUACGCUCCCUCGUUUACUCCGAACAGUUUCUAAAGGCCGAAGCUCUCUUCGCGCACGCCACCAGCGGUGCACUCUCCGAUGAUCCCUCUGUGCUGGAUGCCAUCAUAGAAUGUCUUUGCAAGAUGGGGAAGUUGGUAGAGGCCAAAUUCCAUCUGGACCAGAUGAUAAAACUUCAAACUUUGCCAUCGCAGAGGACGUAUAACGCAUUGCUGCGCGCGCUCUUUACGGAAGCAAAGUUCUUGGAAGCUGUGGACCUCUUCUUGCUAAUGGCAGGCGCCGGCGUUUACCCUUAUUUAUUGUGUUAUAAUCUAUUAAUCCCUAAUUUGUGUUCAAAGGGUUACUUGGGUCAGGCACGUUACCUGUUUGAUACAAUGAUCGGCACAGGCUUGCACCCUGCUGCCCAUGUGUACAAGUCCUUAAUUUGUGGAUAUUGUAAGGAGGGAAGGUUGGAACCGGCUCUGGAUAUUUUCAAGGCAAUGAAGGAAAAUACUUUCUUGAAGCCAGAUUCCUAUGCCUACAAUUCCCUGAUACAUUGCUUCCUGAAACUUGGUUGUGUUGAUUCAGCAUUGGAGCUGUACAAUGAAAUGAUUGAGACCGGAUUGCAACCUAAUGUGGUGACUCACAGUAUGAUGAUCUGUUGGUACUGCAGGAACCACAAGCUGGAUUGUGCUUUGAAGCUGCUUGAUAUGACCUUUAGACAUGGUUUAGUUCCUGAUGUCCAAUGCUUCAGAGUUGUGACAACAGCGCUUUGCAAGGAAAACAGAUUGGUAGAAGCUGAGCAGUUGUUUGAUAAGAUGUUGGAAAGUGGUCUCAUCCCAGAUCCUAUGAUGUUUGUUUUGCUGAUUCAGAAUUUUCCGAAAGGUUAUGGAUUUAAAUUUCUUUGGAAGACUCUGCAGGCUAUAGCUAAGGCAAACAGUACUGCUGAUAAUUUAUAUUCCUCAGUACUUUCCAUUUGUAGUUCAGAUGAAAAGUCUCUAAAAGAAAUAGCAGUUCUACUUGACGAGAUCAUGAAGUGUAAUGUGCUUCCUAUUGAUGUGGUUCUUAAUAUAAUGAUAAGCACCAUGUGUGCAGAAGGAAAACUUGGUGUUGCUUAUUGUUUGAUGGACCAAAUGGUUAGUUCUGGCUGUGAACCUUCAAUUUCAACAUACAAUUUUCUACUAAAAUGCCUAUGCAAAGAGAACCAGAUGGACGACGUUCGACUACUCCUGAACCUAAUGCACAGCAGGGGAGUGGUAGGGAAUGAGGCUACUUAUUCCAUUGUGAUACAUGCAUAUGGAAAACUUGGGGACAUAGACUCAGCUUUUGAAUCAUUUGAUCAGAUGAUUGAUCAAGGUGUUGAGCCUAAUGUCGUUAUCUAUGACUCGAUAAUCAGUUGUCUGUGCAGAAUGGGAAGGCCAAGGGCAGCUGAGCUAGUGUUUGACAGAAUGAUAGGAGGAGGGGUCAUGCCUGAUGAAGCUGCCUAUACUACUCUUCUAAAUGGUUACUCUAAAAUUGGCAGGCCUUUUGAUGCUUGUCGCCUUUUUGAUGAGAUGAUAGAUCAGGGUUUGCAGCCUAGCUCCCAUGCCUAUAGUGCACUUAUAAACGGACUAAUAAAAAGAAACAUGUUUAGAAAAGCCUGCCAUUAUCUGGAUAAGAUGUUGAUGGAUGGGUUUCUUCCAGAUACAGUUCUCUAUACAAUGCUAUUUAGUCAGUUCUUCAAGAAAGGGGACGUAUCCUUAGCCCUGGAUCUAGUCGACUUGAUGAUGAGAAACCAGAUUGAACCUGAUCUGAUUACCUAUGGAUCAUUAGUUAGUGGGCUUUGCAGAAAUGUCUUGCGUCGAAAUAGAAUGCCUCCUCCAUUGUCUUGGAAACUGGAAGACGCAAGAUGCAUACUUUUCAGGUUGCUGCCACAGAAAACUGUGUGCCUAGAAAAGAUAGAACACAGGGAUUAUUGCAGAUCAACUGCACAAACGAUUGAGCUUGCGUUAAAUAUAAUGCAAGAUCUAGCGGACAAUGGGAUGAUGCCAGAUCUUCAUGUUUAUAAUGGAAUGCUCAAUGGAUUAUGUCGAGCUAACAUGAUUCAAGAUGCUUAUGAUUUGGUUACACUAAUGCAGAAAGUUGGCAUCAUUCCCAACCAGGUGACCUUUACAAUUUUAAUGAAUGCCCACAUCAGAGUAGGUGAGAUUGACCGUGCUGUUCAGUUAUUCAACCACAUGAAUGGAGAUACACAUGUUCCUGAUAAAAUCUCCUAUGACACAUUAAUUAAGGGUUUUUGCAAGGCUGGAAGAGUUGAUGAGGCUCUGUCGCUUGUUAAAAUGAUGCAGAAAAGAGGCUUUUGCCCAAGCAAUACUGCAUAUGAUACACUAGCUGAAUCUCUGUUUCUUAGUUCUUCCACUGACCUUGCCAUCAAGCUGCUUGAGGAGAUGCUUUCUAAUGGUUAUGUGCCACGGCCUAGUAAUUUUUAUAAGUUGAUCUGAUUUCUCUCUGAAAGUAAUUUGUUUGAGGCUCAUAGAUUUUUUAAUAUGAUGCUGAAAAGAGGAAAAAGUCCGGAUCAGGAAACAAAGAUGCAUUUGGUUGAAAUGUGUUUCAGGCAUGGACUAUUUGACAUGGCUUUUGAGAUUGAAGGAAACACAUUAAUCCAUGAGAACUCUCGACGGAGUGAGUGCCAUUAAGCAUCAAAAGUUAUUGGAAUCGUGCCUGAAAUUUUUGAAUGCUUAAUUGAUUUUCGUCCUUCAUUAACCUUCUAUUUAAGGUAAUGAAAUUCUUUGAUGCAUAUGGGAUCCUCUUUCAAGGUAUCUGAUAUCUAAUUAGACACAUGUUGGUUAUGAUGCAUAUGGGAUCCUCUUUCAAGGACAAUUACAUAAGCUGACAAUUAAAUUGUCAAGCGGCAUGGGCGUAAGUUCCAGGCUUGUGCUAAUGAAAGGACAAGAAGAACCUGGAUGCUGCUCUUCAAAUGAAAGAAUUCAAGUUGCACGAUAACUAUUUCAGGUUAUUGUUUGAUCAAGUUCUAUUUGACGAACUAUUCAAAUGCAUGAGGACCACGUCCAAUAGACAAGGGAGUGAAUUAUGUUGCUGUCAGUCACCCUCUACAUGAUGAAGCGUGUUCCAUGUGGUGCUCAAUGGAAGUUGAACAGUGAUAUGCUAGACAUGAGAAGCAGUGGUGAAGGCACACUGUGGUUAACUCCCAGUGGUUAAAUAAAUAUCCAUUUUUGGUGCACUUAUUAAGUGGGAGUUCAGCAAUACAAAGGAGACCGAAUCAGGAAGCUUCUCUAUAUUCUUUUAUUCAACAAUUGCUUGCACGUAUAUUUGGGAAUUUGGAUGUGGUGGAGAUGAUUGCCUUUGCUUACAUGUAAAUGUUAGGUACCGGCAUCUUCGACGAUGAUGUGUCUUGCACCGGCAUCGGUCUUAUACGCCCCAUUUGUGAAUGUUGUCAUUUUAAUUGGGGUUAAUGUUUGCCUAUGCCUCAACUAGAGACAAACCGUUUCGGCCUUUUCCUGUUAGUUGCAAUGCUUCUCAAAAGGGACAAAUAGUGGGAUCGUUAGGUAGCGUCAAAGGCACUGCAUUGUUAUUUGGACUGGGCGGAAAAGGUUCCUAUAUAAGCUGUUCUACACAUCACAAGUGCUUAUUUUAUCUAUGUUACCUGGGACCAUUGGAGUGGGUACAAGAAAUUUCUUACUACAGUACUUUGAGGCAAGGGCCCUCCACCCUAUGUAUCUAAUACACAUCUUAAUGUAUUCAUACAUGCAUGUUACUGUAGAAUUGUGGAUAGUUUUCUUGCUAUUGUAGACUGCUUCAAGC